ACCAGUUAGGAACGACCUCCAAGCACCACUCUGUACGGGAUGUAUGACUGCAUCACUUUUGGAAUUAGAAGGUGUUGUACUGACACUUCUCACUCUCUGUUAGAUUUUUUUUAGUGUAACAGUGAAGCAUUCUUCCAAUAUUUUUUCAGUAAUUUGGCUACGGAUUUUUUUUGUGCAUUCUGUCUUUUUUUCACUAAAACGUGUCAAUACCACUACAUUUCUGCGCUUUAAUGCAUACAUAUUGAUACAUUCAACACAACUUGGAAAUGGAUUGUAUCUUCGUUUUAAUAUUUUUUCAAUACUUACUUAUCGAUGGGAUAUACGCAGUGUCCAGCUAUGGACUUCUCCUACCAUACAUGCCCAACGUGUGUGUGGAGCGGGAUGUGACGCUGGUUGCCCAAAGGCAGCCGUGUGUGCAGGCCUUCACGCGCAUGGUCAAGGUCUGGAAGCAAGGCUGCCUAGGACAGAACUGGUGCAUGGGAUACGAGAGAAGGACGGCAUACUACACAGCAUAUAAACAAAUCUACAGACAAGACUUCCAGACCGUGUAUAAGUGCUGUCCUGGAUGGUCUCAACUCAACGGAGAGGCUGGCUGCUUGUAUCCUGUGUGUAGCUACGGCGUGUGCUUCAACGGGGGCCAGUGUCGGGAGAGCCCCCGCUCCAGCUCCCAGCUUUGUGACUGUCCUGCUGGCUUCAAUGGGCCCAGUUGUCAGUAUGAUGUUAAUGAGUGUGAGGAGACUAACGGAGGCUGUAAGGCUCUGUGCUGCAACACCAUCGGCAGCUUCUACUGCAGUUGUCCCUCUGGUCAGCAGCUGAAGGACGACGGCAAGACCUGCCAAGAUAUUGAUGAGUGCCAGGUCUAUAACGGGGGCUGCCAGCACAGAUGCGUGAACACCAGGGGCUCCUAUCACUGUGAAUGCAACCCAGGCUCUCGACUCCAUGUGGAUGGACGCACCUGCAUCGCUGUCCAAUCAUGUGGCAUCAGUAAUGGAGGAUGUGAGCAUUUCUGUGUACAGCAGUCCCCUACUGCCUUCCGCUGCCGCUGUAGAGCCAACUACGUGCUUGCUGACGAUGGAAAGCACUGCAAAUUGGGGAAUCCAUGUCAUGAUAAGAAUGGCGGCUGCCAGCAAGACUGUCUUGUUGAUGGUGACAAGACAAACUGUGACUGUAGAAAUGGGUACAAGCUGGCAGAGGACAGGAAGACCUGUGAGGAUAUUGAUGAGUGUGAGUCUGAACAGACGGGAUGUGCUCAUGGCUGCCACAACAUCCCGGGCUCCUUCGCCUGUGUGUGUGACACUGCCUACGAGCUGGGAGCAGACGGACGCCAGUGCUACCGGAUUGAGAUGGAGAUCGUCAACAGCUGUGAGAGCAACAACGGAGGCUGCUCCCAUCACUGCCAGCACUCCACUGGUGGCCCUGUCUGCAGCUGUAACCAGGGUUACCGACUGGAGGAUGACCUCAAGACCUGUGUCGACCUGGACGAGUGUGGAGAGGGAAGUUCAUGCUGCGAGCAGGACUGUACCAACUACCCUGGGGGCUAUGAGUGUUACUGCACAGCGGGCUACCGCCUCAACUCAGAUGGAUGUAGCUGUGAUGAUGUGGAUGAGUGUCUGGCGGCCAACGGUGGCUGUGAUCACACAUGCCAGAACACCGCAGGCUCCUUCCAGUGUUUCUGCCGCCAGGGCUUCCGUCUGGGCGAGGACCGACGCUCCUGUGAACUGUUAGGGAACACAGUUGAGACCCUGUCUAGUGGGGGCCAGGAUAUCGUGGGGAUCCUGGCUCAGCCCCAGCUCGCCCUGCUGCAGGACUACAACCAGCCCCUAGAGCGCUAUGAUGACUAUGAAGAUGAUGAUGCUAGAGAGCUGCUGGCUGAGAGCACGCUAGCAGAGAAAUUUGUGUGUCUGAACAACACGUUUGGCCAUGACUGCAGCCUGACCUGUGAGGACUGCUCUAACGGAGGGCUGUGUGGCCCAGGGAGAGAUGGAUGUCACUGUCCCGAUGGAUGGACAGGCCUCAUCUGCAACCAGACUUGUUCCGAGGGAUCCUUCGGCAAGAACUGCUCAUUCCCCUGUAAGUGUAAGAACGGAGCCACCUGUGACCCUGUCAAUGGGAACUGUCGCUGCCCACCUGGGGUCAGUGGAGACAUGUGCCAGGAUGGCUGUCCUAAGGGCUUCUAUGGGAAACAGUGCAAUAAGAAGUGCAACUGUGCCAAUAACGGAUGCUGCCACCGCACCUACGGAGCCUGUCUGUGUGACCCUGGACUCUACGGGAGGUUCUGCCAUCUACUGUGUCCCAAGUGGGCCUUUGGACCGGGCUGUUCAGAGGAGUGUGAGUGUGUCCAGCAGAACACUCUGGAGUGUCACCGUCGCCACGGCACCUGCGUCUGCAAGCCCUGGCAAGCCCAGGGUUGGCAGUGGCAGGAAAAAUGUGACCCAGGCACGUUUGGCCCAGGCUGUGAGAACAAAUGUGAGUGCCCGCUCAGAGUGUCUUGUGAUCAUGUGACCGGGCAGUGCCAACGCCUGUGCCCGGCUGGUCGCCGUGGAGACAACUGUGAUCAAGACUGUCCAGAGGGGAGGUUUGGGCGAAGUUGCACUCAGGCCUGUGACUGCUCAGGGGCUCCAUGUGACAGAGUGAGUGGCCAGUGCCAGUGUCCUGCAGGAACAUCAGGAAAACACUGUGAGAAUGUGUGUGUGAAGGGCUUCUGGGGUGCGGGAUGCCGUGAGGCCUGUCCAGCCUGUGAGAAUGGAGGAGUGUGUGACAAACACAACGGGACGUGUUCCUGCCCUCCUGGGUACAUGGGCAGGCUCUGUCAGAACUCAUGUCCGACGGGACGGUUUGGUGUUGGAUGCCAGCUGCGCUGCCUGUGUGAAAACAGCGGGCGCUGCCACCCUGUCACGGGCCGUUGCACCUGUGCCCCUGGCUGGGCUGGACACAACUGCAGGAAAGCCUGUGACGCCAGGCACUGGGGGGUGGACUGUGCUGAGAAAUGUGACUGUAAGGAUGGUGAUGGGAGCUGUGAUGCGGCGACGGGCCAGUGUAACUGUGAGGCCGGCUACACCGGGACACAAUGCUAUGACAAGUGUCCAGCGGGCUAUUUUGGGCUAGGCUGUCUGCAUCACUGUCAGUGUGACAACAAGGGGACAUGUGACCAUGUGAGCGGAGCCUGCGCCUGUCUGGUGGGCUGGACUGGAACCUUCUGUGAGAAACCCUGUCCCCAGGGCUUCUAUGGGUUGGACUGCCAGGAGAAGUGUGUGUGUGUGAACGGAGGUCACUGCAGCCAUGUCACUGGGGUGUGUGUGUGUCCUGCAGGGUGGAUUGGUCCUACCUGCAACCUGACAUGCCAGGCUGGUUUCUACGGGGAGAGCUGCAGCCAAACCUGCGGUUGCCAUAACAAUGGUAGCUGCCACCCGGCGAGCGGGCAGUGUGUGUGUACACCAGGUUGGACAGGGCCAAGCUGCUUACAGGAAUGCCCAGUAGGCUUCUAUGGAACAGACUGCUGCCAGCGUUGCCUGUGCCAGAAUGGAGCCACGUGUGACCGAAUCAGUGGGCAGUGUAUGUGUGCCAGCGGGUGGAUGGGCGCAGCCUGUGAGCUAGAGUGUGGAGCGGAGCAGUUUGGGGCCGACUGCCAGCAGCAGUGUCAGUGUGCGAACGGGGGACAGUGUGACAGACAGACGGGCAAGUGCACCUGUAGUCCUGGCUGGGUCGGAAAGCGCUGUGAAAAAGCCUGUGGGUCAGGCCUGUUUGGAGAUAGCUGUGAAGAGAGCUGUCAGUGUGAAAAUGAAGCCCCCUGUCACCACGUCACCGGGCACUGCCUGUGUCCACCGGGUUGGAGGGGACCCCUUUGUGACAAAGCCUGUCUUCCUGGUACCCAUGGCAAGGGCUGUGUGCAACGCUGCACCUGUCCCCAGGGUACUUCCUGUCACCAUGUCUCUGGGGAGUGUGGCUGUCCCCCUGGAUUCACUGGCAAUGGCUGUGAACAAACCUGUCUAUCAGGGACAUAUGGGCUAAACUGUAACCAGGUGUGCCAGUGUUCUGAGACCAACCAGCUCUGCCACCCAGUGACUGGGUUCUGUUACUGCGCCCCAGGCUUCCAUGGUCCAAAAUGUAACCAGGGGUGUGUGGAAGGUCGGUAUGGUCCCAACUGCGAACGAGAGUGUCGGUGUCAAAAUGGGGGGAAGUGCAGCUCCACCACUGGCACCUGUGAAUGUACAGCAGGGUUCAUCGGAGCACACUGCAACAUCACAUGCCGAGCGGGACGUUAUGGGCAUGAUUGUGCCCACGUGGUGCUGUGUGGAGAGGGGGCACAGAAUGAUCCUGUCACUGGUAUAUGUCACUGCAGCUCUGGACAAAGAGGAGAGGACUGUGGACAAGGCUGUGCUCCUGGAUGGUUUGGAGGGGACUGUGCUCAGCACUGUAACUGCAGUAACGGAGGACUGUGUGACUCUGUCUCUGGAAGCUGUAUCUGUGGUCUGGGCUGGACCGGGCCUCACUGUGAUACAGAAUGUCCUCCAGGGACGUUUGGAGCUAACUGCCAGCUGAAGUGUGACUGCCGGAACAACGGAACCUGUGACAGAUUGACAGGAAGCUGCCUGUGUAUCCCAGGAUACUACGGACGUCAGUGUGAAAAUGCAUGCCCCCCUGGUCUCCAUGGCCCUCUGUGCCAGCUCCAGUGUGACUGUCUGAAUGGGGCUUCCUGCCACCCCUCCACAGGCCUCUGUGUGUGUCCCCCUGGGUACCACAGCUCCCGCUGCCACAGAGAGUGUCACCAGGGCAGGUUUGGUGUGAACUGUGCCAAAUCAUGUGACUGUGUGGAGGGCACACCCUGUGACCCUGUGAGUGGCAGGUGUCUGUGCACCUCAGGGAAGACUGGACCCAGAUGUGACAUUGACUGCAAAGCAAACCGCUAUGGGCCAGACUGCACAGAGAGGUGUGAGUGUGACAACGGGGCUUAUUGUGACCAUCGGAACGGCCGCUGCACCUGUCUCAACAGCUGGAUCGGACUCACCUGUCAGGAAGGUGGGCCUCCACGCCUCCCCUACAGAAGCAGGAGGGAGGAUAACUCACAUCUGGACAAUAACGCAUUAUAGCUCCCCCUUUUGGUUGAAGGCUCCAAUCCCCUCAACGAGACUGAGGCAGCAGCACAAGCUUCACUGAAGCCAAACUGAAGUGGAUUGAAAGUGUGGAUAUGAUUAUUUCAGACAUACACACCCCAACAGGAGAGGAUAUUGCUGCACCCACAGGAGCUGGAUGACAGACAUGGAGAAAUAGACUCUCAGGGGAAGUUUGCUCUGGGGUGGAUAAUGCUUUGGUGUGCGUGCGUAUCUGUGUUUUGAACAGUGAAGGGCUUUUCAUUGUGUGUGUAGUAUAUAUGUACGGUGCCCACUCAGGCAUGGCCUGACUCAUCAGUGAUGAGGUCCUGGAUGUUGUGACCUCCUUCUGGUAGUUAGAGGGAGGUCAGGUGUUACCAGGACUACCCUCCUCUGCACACUCCUAUCCUGGACAAAGAACCUACGGUAUAUAGGAGAUGUGUGUGGAGAUGGGCUAAAUGUCCAACACUAACACAUUCUUGAUUUCAGAGAUCCACUGAUUCACUCUGCUGUUCUUGAGAUAUUUGUUUUGUAAUACUUGGCAACGUUAAAAUAUUUUGUUUAUUUUUUUUUGUAAUUUCCCCCUGGAAUUUUGAUGGAAUUCGUGCAUAUACCAUAUACAGUGGCUUGUGAAAGUAUUCACCCCCGUGGAAUUUGUCAUAUUUUGUUGCCUUACAAACUGGAAAUAAAGUAGAUUUGGGGGGGUUUGUAUCAUUUGAUUUAUACAACCUGCCCAUCACUUUGAAGAUGCUAAAUAUUUUUUAUUGUGGAACAAGAAAUAACACAAAAAAACAGAAGACUUGAGCGUGCAUAACUAUUUACCCCUGCAAAGUCAAUACUCUGUAGAGCCACCCUUUGCAGCAAUUACAGCUGCAAGUCUCUUGGGGUAUGUCUCUAUAAGCUUGGCACAUCUAGACACUGGGUUUUUUGCUCAUUCUUCAAGGCAAAACUGCUCCAGCUCCUUCAAGUUGGAAGGGUUCCGCUGGUGUACAGCAAUCUUUAAGUCAUAACACAGAUUCUCAAUUGGAUUGAGGUCUGGACUUUGACGAGGCCAUUCCAAGACAUUUAAAUGUUUCUCCUUACACCACUCGAGUGUUGCUUUAGCAGUAUGAUAAAGAUAAUGAUUUAUUUCAGCUUUUAUUUCUUUCAUCACAUUCCCAGUGGGUCAGAAGUUUACAUACACUCAAUUAGUAUUUGGUAGCAUUGCCUUUAAAUUGUUUAACUUGGGUCAAACAUUUCAGGUCGCCUUCCACAAGCUUCCCACAAUAAGUUGGGUGAAUUUUGGCCCAUUCCUCUUGACAGAGCUGGUGUAACUGAGUCAGGUUUUUAGGCCUCCUUGCUCGCACACACUUUUUCAGUUUUACCCACACAUUUUCUAUAGGAUUGAGGUCAGGGCUUCGUGAUGGCCACUCCAGUACCUUGACUUUGUUGUCCGUAAGCAAUUUUGCCACAACUUUGGAAGUAUGCUUGGGGUCAUUGUCCAUUUGGAAGACCCAUUUGCGACCAAGCUUUAACUUCCUGAGUGAUGUUUUGAGAUGUAGCUUCAAUAUAUCCACAUAAUUUUAAUUUCUCAUGAUGCCAUCUAUUUUGCGACGUGCACCAGUCCCUCGUGCAGCAAAGCAGCCCCACAACAUGAUGCUGCCACCCCUGUGCUUCACGGUUGGGAUGGUGUUCUUCGGUUUGCGAGCCUCACCGUUUUUCUUCCAAACAUAACGAUGGUCAUUAUGAUCAAACAGUUCUAUUUGCUGUUGUUCUGGGAUAGAUUUGCACUUUUCAAACCAAAGUACGUUCAUCUCUAGGAGACAGAACGCAUCUCCUUCCUGAGCGGUAUGAUGGCUGCGUGGUCCCAUGGUUUUUAUACUUGCGUACUAUUGUUUGUACUGAUGAACGUGGUACCUUCAGGCAUUUGUAAAUUGCUCCCAAGGAUGAACCAGACUUGUGGAGGUCUACAAUAUUUUUUGUGGUCUUGGCUAAUUUCUUUUGAGUUACCCAUGAUAUCAAGCAAAGAGGGCACUGAAUUUGAAGGUAGGCCUUGAAAUACAUCCACAGGUACACCUCCAAUUGCCUGAAAUUAUGUCAAUUAGCCUAUCAGAAGCUUCUAAAUCCAUGACAUAAUUUUCUGGAAUUUUCUAAGCUGUUUAAAGGCACAGUCAACUUAGUCUAUGUAAACUUCUGACC